GCCUUGGUAGCAUCGGUAGUGGUGUCUGCGGUGUCUGCUCCUUGUCAUCCGGGAGCCAGCAGGAGGCAGCAGGAGGCAGCUGGAGGCAGCUGGAGGCAGUCCACCUUUCCCCGGGCUUGGUCCUUUCUGUAGUCAACCAGCCUGGCUGCCGGCUGCCUGGCAGCAUCACCGGUCCUCCUUGACGAUAACAAAGCCUCCUUGCUGCCCAAUUUUCCAUGGUAUACCAAUAGCUUGCCGGAUACAGUAUGACUUGACACCGAACUUGGUCAGCACCAGUGGAAACACAUGCACCCACACACACAACCACACGAGCACACCCACCCAUUGACUUCGUCCACCCGAGUGCAAACAUGGCAAGCAGCCAGUCAUCCACCACCACUCCUGGGACACCCAAACCUUACAUGGCCAAUGGUUUUGGGAGCCUCCUGUGUCUUCACAUGCCUGCCUCGAUGCUGAUGGCUCUCCCUCCUGCUGCUGCUGCUGCUGCACUGAAGCCGAGCCGCGAUCACCCGCACUUGACUGGCCGUCACAGCACCAGAAGCCAUACACCCAGUGGCCGGCUCAUUAGGCACAGGCACAUCAGGAGACAUGCCACAGGUGAGCUGCCCAAGACCACUCACUGCUGGCUGGGAGGGGCCCUUGAUCCACACCCGGGCAGCCUUAAACCUUCAGCUCCCCUUCCACACGGUCUGGCUGUCUCCCCUGUUAUUGCAUGGGCAAGUUCUCUAGUCUCGGCACCUUCCCUCUUACCAACUUCGGGCUCCUGCUGCUGCGAGCCAUAGUCUCUCAGAGGCAGACACGUCUCCGCCCUGCAGCACAUGGGCUUGUCAACCACGUUUCUGAACCCAGAGUCCUGUCUGCAGGGCUGACUGCCAGCCACAGAAGAGGGAUAGAGGGCGGACAACAUGCUCUCGACACCUUUGGGAGGGCCGGCAGCAUCCCAUCCGAGGACCACGAGCCCCCAUCAUUGGCAAGAAAAAGCAAAGCAAAGCCAAAAGCAGCCACAAAAGCAGGUGAGGCUACAUGGCCAGCCAGCAAGCAGGCAUGGAUGACUGCUUCCUAUCUGGCCACCGCAUCAACAUGCCAACCCAGCCUGCCAGCACGCGGGCGCCGCUUCGAGCCGGGCCUAGCAAUGCACGCACGUAUCGCUGGAUUUGACGGUCCGCUCCAGGUGGAACGCCCGUUUCGGCAUCGACCAGGCCCGUAUUUGGAACGGCUGUAUCCGCUGCAGCAGUCGUGGCCCGACCGGAAGGCUCGAUACACUGCAGUCACCGCCACGUCGAAUGAGACACCGAGGAGACGCCAUGGCGACUGGGAAAAGGCAUCACAGGGGUGGUUGCGGGAGAGGCUGAUACUCCCGAGGCCGACAAGCGUGGACUACGAGCAAAAGGACCGCAUCGUAGGCUCAGGGCGUGGGGGGUUUGGUGGCCAGACCGGCGGCUGUCCCAGCGUGACAGCGUGACAUGAGAAUGCCUGAUCGGGAGCCCCAGGUUUUCCCCGGACGACCAGCAGCAGCUUCCCGGUGGCGUACUGUGGUACCAGUCUUCUGCCUCAGCCUUUUGUGCAACGACGACAGGCGAAUAGCCCGUCUCGCAUGUGGCUGUUGUUGCCGGUCACAAACUCUAUGUACGGGGCCAGGCUUGCCAGGAUCUCGACAUGCCGUGACACCAAUGGGCUGGGUCCCAAGUCGAGAGCCUUUGUCGGCCGGCAGGCAAAAGGCCGACCUGUGGGAGAGUGGGAGAGAGGUGAUGAUAAGAUCAUGGGUCAUGUCGUAUACAUGGCGGCAGCAUACCGAGGUGGCAAUCGAGACUCGGUGAAGAGAGCUGCAGCUACCCAAGGCUGCCGCUGGCAGCUCUCAGUCCAGCCCGGCAGCCCGGCGGGGUGGCAGGCGGUCGCUCGCUUUCGUUGGCGGCUCGACGAGCCUGGGCUGCCUGCUGCGCGCUGCUGCGCGCGUCCUCGUCGACUGCGAUGGUCGACAUGAGCCCGCCCUUGCAACGGCCAAUCCAGCAGAAUGCCGUCGACAAGCGUGUCAUUCGACGGCGUCUCCCAGGUGCUGCCGCAGCAUGACACAAGAGCCGAGCUAACAAGCUGCAGUGCAAGGCAGGGCAAGGCAAGGCAGGAAGGACGAAGGGCGGAUACAAGAGGCUCUACUGAGCACUUAGUCUCGUGCUUACAUGGCGGCUUACAUACCUUCCCUUGGGGUAUCAAGCGGCCAUCGGUAGGCACGGGUGGGGUCUUUCUUGGCCAUCCGGAGACGAUGGGCUCGAAAUGGGCUCGAAUGGGCUCAGGCCGUCUGCAACGGCGGCCAGCACAUCGGUAGUUCUAGGGAUAAUGCACCGCGGCGUUGGCUCACGGAAAGUCCCCACCGCCUUCACACCGGUCUUUUAGCUCCGUCCACUUGUCGUGCCUCGAUCGCGGCGGCUGUCCAGCUCCUUGGAGCGGGUAACGAGACCGGACGGGCCGCGCAGAAGGUUUCUGCGAAGUCGUAUUUUGUUUGGUUGUGCUCGGUUGAUGUUCGGUGCGACCGACAGGAUCUGCGAGCAGACGACAACAAGACAAGCAGGGCCAAAAUCCCACCACGUAGGCGGAGCAGCAAGAGGGCGUUGACUAGGACGCUCACACGCUCACACGCUCACACGCUCACUCUCUCACGCAAUCAUUCGCAUGUACAUACACACACGUACACACACAUACACACACAUACACACACACAAAACAAGCGCUGCCCGCUUGUCGCCGGCAUAGGCGAGGCAUGGCUAUCGUUGUCGCGGGUUGCUCAGCCACCCGCUGCUGCGGUUGUCUCUGCUGCCAUCGCCGUCGCCAUUGUUACGUUCGGCUGGGGAUGGUCUCAGCUGGAUCGCAGAUGACUGGGUGAUGAUCAAUGCCAGUCCGUCACAAGGACCCCGGUGACGUGAGGGGCCCAGCCGAUGUCAGGCCGAUGUCAGGAUGCGUGUGAUGGCUGGAUGGAUGUGUGUCUCGGAUGCUGUGAGAAACGGUUCAAGAGGACAGGUGGAAGGGUGGCCCCCCUUAUUGAGCUUGAUCCAACACUACUGCUGUAUGGUCUACAUUUCAGCACCGGCGGCACCUGGCAAGAAAGUGGAGAGCCACAUACCUGGGUAGCGGGCCAGUCGUGUGGAAUCCCGAGCCUCCAUCCCAGCCGGCACGGCUACUACUUAGGAUCGAACCCGAUCAGCACACGACCACAUCUGACAAGGUCCCUCUCUGUCAGUUCUGUGUGUGUGUGUCUCGCUCGACUGCCACAAGGAGAAACGCGGGGGACCCCAUAACAGCAGCAAC